GUCCCGUUUCUACAGAACAUAAUGAAACUGGAAGCGAAGAUAAUAGCGAAGAAUUUGAUGACAAUGAAGUUGAUGUUACCAAAAGAUAUCCCACCAUUGAUUUUAAUGAACUACCUACUAGAAUACGGGGACUCAAAGAUGUUCUCCUUAAAAUUGUUAAUAAUGAAGACUUGGGUUACUAUCGUAAACUUGCAGAAGAUACAAUUAAAGUUGUUG